CUCAGUCCGCGACCGACGGCUCUCGUGAAGGCCCGCGCCACGCGCCGCACGCUCACAACGCUUGCCACUUCGGCAAUUCCAUGAAAUACUUUCUUUUUGUUUCGCUGACGUUUUGAUAACAUUGUGACAUUUACGAUCAUUUUAGCCCUAUAUAAUCAAUUAGAGUAUUUUUAUGGCUGAAAUAAACCAAUAAAACUCAAGUGUUCGUUGAUGGUACAGCAAGAUGUAUAGUUUCGAUAAGGACAUAUGGCACGUGCAAGGCAGCUCGGAGCUUCAAGAGGACGCUGAAGAAGAACGCAGCGAGAGCCCGACAGCUGCAGUAGGGGCCGAGGCGCCCCGCGAGCUGCCCAAUGAACUGUCGGCGCCCUACGAGGUGCCUCAGUUCCCGAUCGAGCAGAUCGAGAAGAAGCUGCUCAUACAGAGACAGCUCAAUGUCAAGGCUGCAGAAUGCGGUCAAUCAGUUCGUUCGUUCGGCGGCAGCGAGGCGGGAGCGCUGCUGGAGGAGCGCAGGGACGAGUUCGAGCACGACAUGGUCAUGCCGCACUUCCAGCGAGUCGCCAUCAGCGGGGAGGACACGUCGGGGGUACCCUUGGAAGAUUUGCAACAAGCCUCAUCCUACCUAGUGCAGGCACUAGACAUCCGUAAGCGCUACAUGGAGAUGUCUCACCAGAGCUUCUGCACCAUCACCGCGCGGUUCCUGCGCAACAUGGACCCUGACGCGCCCGCCAACCACGCGCCCUACACUAAGGGUCCUAGUGGACAUAUAGCAGAUCACGUAGUCCACCCGCCGUUCAGGGACAAGGAUCCCUGGGAAUGCCACAUGCCCGAGCCGAAGGACUACACCAUACGCUCAGACCGCGGCGUCUUCAACCUGUACACUAAGGGCGCAGAGGGUCAGGAGACCCGAGUACCGUACGAGUACAUACCACUGCCGGAAUAUAUUCAGGACAUGAAUACUAUGUGCAACAUGAUCGCGGAUGGACCGCUGAAGUCCUUCUGCUACCGGCGACUGUCCUACCUGUCGUCCAAGUUCCAGUUGCAUGUGCUGCUCAACGAGCUGCGGGAGCUAGCUUCACAAAAGGCCGUGCCACAUCGCGACUUUUAUAACAUCAGAAAAGUGGACACCCACAUCCACGCAGCAUCGUGCAUGAACCAGAAGCACUUGCUGCGCUUCAUCAAGAAGACCCUCAAGAACCACGCGGACGAGGUGGUGACGCUGCACAAGGGCGUGCCCAUGACCCUCAAGGCCGUGUUCCAGUCCAUGAACCUUAGUACUUAUGACUUGACUGUAGAUAUGCUGGAUGUGCAUGCGGACCGCAACACGUUCCAUCGGUUCGACAAAUUCAAUGCCAAAUACAACCCCAUCGGCGAGUCAAGACUCCGAGAAGUGUUCCUUAAGACCGACAACCACAUGAAUGGGAAAUACUUCGCUAGGAUUAUAAAGGAAGUAGCCUCAGACUUAGAGGAGAGUAAAUACCAAAAUGCGGAGCUACGUCUAUCCAUUUACGGCAAGAGCCCGAGUGAGUGGGCAAAUCUGGCCAACUGGGCCAUCCAGUACGACGUGCACUCCAACAACGUGCGAUGGCUCAUCCAGAUACCUAGGCUUUACGAUAUUUUCAAAUCCAACAAGAUCAUGAACAACUUCCAAGAGCUCCUUACUAAUAUUUUCCUACCAUUAUUCGAAGUCACCAAGGAUCCCAAUAGCAACAUAGAGCUGCACAAAUUUCUAACGCACGUGGUCGGUUUCGACAGCGUGGACGACGAGUCGAAGCCUGAGAACCCGAUCCUGGACCCCGAGGUCCGUGCACCGGGUGACUGGGACGACGAGGAGAAUCCGCCCUACGCCUACUAUCUCUACUAUAUGUACGCCAACAUCACUGUGCUCAACCACUUCCGCAAGGAACAAGGGCUGAACACGUUCGUUCUCCGCCCGCAUUGUGGUGAAGCUGGGCCUGUGCAGCAUCUCGUCUGCGGGUUCAUGCUUGCUGAGAACAUCUCCCAUGGGCUGCUGCUUAGGAAGGUCCCAGUACUGCAAUACCUGUACUACUUGACACAGAUCGCGAUAGCAAUGUCUCCGCUCAGCAACAAUUCCCUGUUCUUGAAUUAUCAUCGCAACCCGCUGCCGGAGUUCCUGGCAAGAGGCCUCGCCAUCACGCUCAGCACUGAUGACCCGCUGCAGUUCCACUUCACCAAGGAACCGCUGAUGGAGGAGUACAGCAUCGCGGCACAAGUGUGGAAGCUCUCCUCCUGCGACAUGUGCGAGCUGGCGCGCAACUCCGUACUGAUGUCCGGCUUCCCGCAUGAGAUGAAGCAGUACUGGCUGGGCCCCAACUACAUGAAGGAGGGCGUGGCCGGCAACGACAUCACGCGCACCAACGUGCCCGACAUCCGCAUCUCCUUCCGCUACGAGGCGCUGCUGGACGAGCUCACCAACAUCUUCAAGGUUCGUUACGCACUGGGGCGAGACUGGGUGCCCCCGCCCGCGCCCACCACUCCGCAGCCGCCCAACAUCCACGCGCCCAUCGUGAGCCUGAAGAGACCAUCGCUAGUGUAAAGAUUUGCAUCAUAAUCGUAUAAUAAUUCUACACUACCUAAUGUAUAUUACUGUAGAAUUAUAAAGCCUUAUGCAGUUGCAGAUAUCACACAACAUAGACGCAGUGGCAUAGCUAGGCGUGGGCGAAUGGGGUCUCUCGCUCACGGCCUCGUACUCGCCAAGCCAACUUUUUUAUUACUUUGGAAAAAACACAUUUAAAAGGCCUCGCAGAUGUGGUUUCACCCACGGCUAGAUUAUUUCACGCUACGCCACUGCCACUUCAUAGAUGAGUAAUCCAACGCCCCUCCGGCGUGUGAACGAGACAGAUAUGCACGUACUUAUGCAGCGAUGUCUCACACGCCGCAUCAGACCGGCGUGCGUUCAAUGUGUAGACCGCCUUAUAGAAGACAAAACUGAGGAUCUACCGCGACAAUUAAAAAUUAGUUUUUAGCCUAUACUUAUAACUUACAUAUUCGGGCGAUAGAGAGGCAAUUAGACCAGAAGUGCUUCGCGGUAGGCCGUCUGGGCGGUUCAAUAUGCUGCACAUCAAAAUAUGGUUUAUUCCCAGUGAGUUCAUUGUUAUGGUAUGGCUACAAAUAUUUUGAGUUAGGUAUAUAGGCUUAUUAUAAAAUUUGAAGGUAACUAACUUCAAGCAAUUAGGUAUCUUAUUAGUUUAAUAGAGUAUUAAGCGAAGCUAAUAUAAUUAUACAUAAUGGGAUAUAUAGAUAUUACGAUGUUGUAGAUUUGCAUAUGUAUAUAUGUAUUUUGUAUUGUAACAAUUUACUGUACUGUACUGUACUGUGGACAAUUUAAAUUACAUAAUAUAUAUAAUAAAUAAGUAUAUUGUUAAUCCAA